CCUGAAGAAACAAUCUUAAGGCAUGUUGUUGACAGGAGCAAUCAGCACAAUAUAUAGCUCCAGGGGAGAAAAUCAGUGGCACACGGCGCCAUGGCUUCUGACGCAGGUUCUUCAGCUGGUGAUCCCACCCUGAGGAGAAGAAUCGAACCCUGGGACUUUGAAGCAAUCUUUGACCCCAGAGAACUCCGUAAAGAGGCCUGUCUGCUCUAUGAAAUCAAGUGGGGCACGUGCCACAAGAUCUGGCGACACUCAGGCAAAAACACCACCAGGCACGCUGAAGUCAAUUUUAUAGAAAAAAUCACUUCAGAAAGACAAUUUUGCUCGUCCACCAGCUGCUCCAUCAUCUGGUUCUUAUCCUGGAGUCCCUGCUGGGAAUGCUCCAAGGCUAUUACAGAAUUUUUGCGUCAACGGCCUGGUGUGACUUUAGUUAUUUAUGUGGCACGGCUUUAUCACCACAUGGAUGAACAAAACCGACAAGGACUCAGGGACCUCAUUAAGAGUGGUGUGACUGUCCAGAUCAUGACAACCCCAGAGUAUGAUUACUGCUGGAGGAAUUUUGUCAACUACCCACCUGGGAAAGACACUCACUGCCCAAUAUAUCCCCCUCUGUGGAUGAAGCUAUAUGCACUGGAACUCCACUGCAUAAUUUUAAGUCUUCCUCCCUGUUUAAUGAUUUCAAGAAGAUGUCAGAAACAGCUUACAUGCUACAGGCUUAAUCUUCAAAAUUGCCAUUACCAACAGAUUCCACACCAUAUCCUUUUAGCUACAGCAUGGAUAUAACUUCCUGUGACUUGGAGAUGAAUAGAAUGAUUCUUUGCAGGCAAUGAUGAUUCACUAAUGAUUGAAUGUCAUUAGUUAGAAUCUAGAAUUUUUUUUGUUUCUGUUACUAUAAAUUUACAAAUUAUAAAUUAUCUGAAAAA